CUUCCCAUCUGCUGGAAAACAGAAUCAAGAGAAUGAGGAGUGUGAUGACACAUCCUUCACUGGAUGAAAAUAUUAGGGGAAAAGCAACAAAUGCACUACCAUUUGCAUAAAACCUAUUAAUGCCCUCUUCAGACUAAUGAAAUGAAUUUUACAUCACCAAGAAAGCAGCUGUGAUCCACUGCAUCUUGUAAUGAGAAUUAUUUGGAACGAUCUACAAACCACUGCCACUCCUAGAAGCAACAUCAUUGACUUCAGUACUCUCUAAUUAAAAUACUUUCAUUCUUGGACAGAGAAGAAGUAUCUUGAUCCAAAUUCAGCUAAUAGGUCUCUUUGCUCAAAACGCUGUUAGCUUUCUUGUGUUUCUGCUCCUGCCCGAUCCAUGGCAUUUCAAACCUUUAUUUAAAAAUCAAAACUAACGUCUUCUCUAUUUUUUUUUCCUAUUGGCAAUCACAUUGGGGUGGUGGUGGAGUGUGGUACAAUCUCAGUCAAGAGGUCCCCUCUUGUGUGGGCACUGGGAUAACACUGGCCUUAUACAAUGGCCAAGCAAAGCAGACUUCUGUCCUGCUGUGCUUUACAAGUAAAGCCCGUGGCUUCCGCGAGGGUAGCGUCGGGGGCCGCUGCAGAGAUUGGAAGAGGAUCCGCCAGGAAUGGGAGGGAAGACGCGGAGAAGGUGGAGAAUAGGAAUCAUGUGUGUUCCUCGAGUGUACAACCCACAUUUGAGUGACAAAUGACGAAGACAAUCGACAAAAACAACUAAGCGCAAAACCGACUGAUCCAUCUCCCUCUCUGUGCGUGUGCCUUUUCAACUAACUUUGGGAACUCAUAGACCCAGCUUGGCUUUCCCCGAGCCGCCUCGUCUCCACUUUGGUUUCCCGCGUCCUGCCCGCCCUCUUCGGUGCCUCCUCUUCCUCCCGGGCAAGGAUGGAGGAUCUCUUUAGACCCUCAAUUCCGCCGCCGGCGCCCAACCUCUCCGUGCCCAUCCUACUGGGCUGGGGUCUCAAUCUGACUUUGGGGCAGGGAGCCCCCACCUCCGGGCCGCCCAGCCGCCGCGUCCGCCUGGUGUUCCUGGGGGUCAUCCUAGUGGUGGCGGUGGCGGGCAACGCCACUGUGCUGUGCCGCCUGUGCGGCGGCGGCGGGCCCUGGGCAGGCCCUAAGCGUCGCAAGAUGGACUUCCUGCUGGUACAGCUGGCCCUGGCGGACCUGUACGCGUGCGGGGGCACGGCGCUGUCGCAGCUGGCCUGGGAACUGCUGGGCGAGCCCCGCGCGGGCACAGGCGACCUGGCGUGCCGCUUCCUGCAGCUGCUGCAGGCUUCGGGGCGGGGCGCCUCGGCCCACCUCGUGGUGCUCAUCGCCCUCGAGCGCCAUCGCGCUAUGCAUCGACCGCACGCGCGGCGGCUGCCCGCGCGCACCCUCGCCGCCCUGGGCUGGCUGCUGGCGCUGCUGCUGGCGCUGCCCCCCACCUUCGUGGUGCGCGGGGGAUCCCCCUCUCCACUGUCGCCUCUGCCGCCGCCGCUGCCGUCCCCGCAGCCCGGCACGCCCCCGGCCGCCCGCGCCUGGCCAGGGGAGCGUCGCUGCCGCGGGAUCUUCGCGUCCCUGCCACGCUGGCACCUGCAGGUCUACGCGCUCUACGAGUCCGUCGCGGGCUUCGCAGCGCCUGUCGCGGUCCUGGGCGUCGCUUGCGGCCACCUACUCUCCGUCUGGUGGCGGCGCCGGCCGCAGGCCCCCGCAGAUGCAGCGCCCUGGUCGGCGAGUCCUGGCCAAGCCCCGGCGCCCAGCGCGUUGCCCCGCGCCAAGGUGCAGAGCCUGAAGAUGAGCCUGCUGCUGGCGCUGCUGUUCGUGGGCUGCGAGCUGCCCUACUUUGCCGCCCGGCUGGCGAACGCGUUGUCGUCCGGGCCCGCGGGAGACUGGGAGGCAGAGGGCCUAUCGGCGGCGCUGCGCGUCGUGGGGAUGGUCAACAGCGCUCUCAAUCCCUUCGUCUACCUCUUCUUCCAGGCGGGCGACUGCCGGCUCCGGCGACUACUGUGGAGGCGCCUGGGCUCGCUCUGCUGCGCGCUGCAGGGGGGCGCGGAGGAUGAGGAGGGGCCCAGGGGCCACCAGGCGCUCCACCGCCAACGCUGGCCCCACCCUCAUUAUCACCAUGCUCGGCGGGAACUGCUAGACGAUGGCGGCUUGCGCCCACCCCCUCCGCGCCCCAGACCCCUGCCCUGCUCCUGCGAAAGCGCCUUCUAGGUGCUCAACGCUGAGAGACGACGGGUCAACUAUCGCUGAGAUGCAACCUCCAGGGAAUUCGAGGCCUACCAGGUUCUGUCCAGAUCACAAGGGGCAGGAGAGUCUGUGAGAGUGACACUGAAGUUGUCCCCUUCCUCCACUCUCCUAUUCCCUUGUCAUGUUUACAUUUCCCUACGCUCUUCCAGUUUCUCUUCUUCCCUACAGUUCCUCUCACAUCUCCCCAUUUGGAAACAGCGAGCCAAUGGGAAGUUGUAAAAACAAAGACAGUUAUUUUUGCAGUUUUCUUUUAUGCAUUUAUAGUGCUCUGGAUAAGACAACUUAUUUUUGCUAAAUUACUCAACUUUUAUUAUUUGCUGUGUUAUCAUCUGUACUUAUUUUGAAUCUUGCUUAAAUCAAAUGUACCUUCAGCACCUGCAAUUUGCCUUUUCUUUCCAGGAGGAAAAGCCCUACAUUGCUCUCCCUGGGGAGUUUGAGAAUUAUACCAGUGCUGUCAGAAAUGUAAUCAUGCUGUCAUUUCAGAAUCACAGAGUAUUUGUAAAAUAAAAACCUUUCCCACGGA